AUGUCAUUAUCAGUGGAAACAGUUGCAACUAAGCCUUACGGUGAUCAGAAACCGGGCACUUCAGGUCUCCGUAAGAAGACUAAAGUAUUUAUGGAAAAACCACAUUAUACCGAGAAUUUUAUUCAAUCUAUUUUGGAUGCCAUUCCAGAGGGUUCUAAGGAUGCCACUCUAGUGGUUGGUGGUGAUGGUCGUUACUAUAAUGAUAAAAUCUUGCAGAUCAUUGCUUCUAUCUCUGCUGCCAAUGGUGUGGGUAAACUGGUUAUUGGUCAGCAUGGUCUAUUAUCCACCCCAGCUGCAUCUCAUAUCAUUAGAACCUAUCAGGAUAAGAGCGGUAAGAAAGUUACCGGUGGUAUUAUCUUGACCGCUUCUCACAACCCUGGUGGACCAGAUAAUGAUAUCGGUAUCAAAUACAACUUGUCUAAUGGUGGUCCGGCUCCAGAAAGCGUCACUAACGCCAUUUGGGAGAUUUCCAAAAAGUUGACCUCUUAUAAGAUUAUCAAGAAUUUACCACAACUUGACUUGUCAACGAAGGGUGAGAAAAAACUUGGAAAUUUGGAAAUCGACGUUGUGGAUGUCACGCAAGCAUACGUGGAGUUCUUGAAAGAAAUUUUUGAUUUUGACUUGAUCAAGAAAUUUGUUGAUACUCAAAGAAGCACAAAGCACUGGAAGCUGUUAUUUGACGGUCUAAAUGGUGUGACUGGUCCAUAUGGUAAAGCUAUUUUUGUUGAUGAACUGGGCUUGCCUGAGAACGAAGUUCUUCAAAACUGUCAUCCAAAGCCAGAUUUUGGCGGUAUUCAUCCUGAUCCAAACUUGACAUAUGCUCGUACUUUAGUGGAGAGAGUCGACAAAGAAAAAAUUGAGUUUGGAGCAGCUUCGGAUGGUGAUGGUGAUAGAAAUAUGAUUUACGGUUAUGGUCCAGCAUUCGUGUCGCCAGGUGACUCUGUCGCCAUUAUCGCAGAAUAUGCUAAAGAGAUCCCAUAUUUUGCUAAGCAAGGUAUUUACGGUCUAGCGCGUUCCUUCCCAACUUCUAGUGCAAUUGACCGUGUUGCCGCUGAGCAAGGUCUAAACUGUUAUGAAGUUCCUACCGGCUGGAAAUUUUUCUGUGCUCUAUUCGAUGCCAAGAAACUAUCGAUUUGCGGUGAAGAAUCCUUCGGUACAGGUUCCAAUCAUGUUAGAGAAAAGGAUGGUGUUUGGGCCAUUAUCGCUUGGUUGAAUAUCCUGGCCAUUUACAACAAACAUCAUCCUCAAAAGGAAGCUUCUAUCAAGACAAUUCAAGAUGAAUUCUGGCUAAAAUACGGCCGUACUUUCUUUACACGUUAUGAUUUCGAGCACGUAACUACUGAAAAGGCUAACGAGAUUGUCAAGCAUCUUGACUCUUUUGUCAACUCUCCUAACGUUGUCGGCUCAAAAUUCCCAUCUGACAACUCAGUUACCGUGGCCGAAGCUGGUGACUUCCAGUACACCGAUCUGGAUGGUUCUGUCUCUUCAAAUCAAGGGUUGUACGUUAAGCUUUCGAGUGGUGCAAGAUUUGUUUUGAGACUAUCUGGUACCGGUUCUUCGGGUGCCACCAUUAGACUGUACAUCGAAAAAUACUCUGAUGAUAAGACGAAAUACGGUCUAACUGCCGAAGAGUACCUAAGACCCAUUAUUGAUUCAGUUAUCGAUUUCCUAAAGUUCAAGGAGGUUCUAGGAACCACUGAACCAACUGUCAAGACUUAA